UACAGUGAUAACUAUCGUCAAGCAGGUAACGUUGUUACAUAUAUCGAUUUAUAAAUAAUAAGUUAAACAUUUCUAAAUUGUCGCAUGGAAAAUAAAACCAACAGUGUAAAUAUGGUUAAUAUAGAAGUAUGAAUACAACUGAAGAUUCAACACAUGUGAAGUUUGAGUUUUUGGAAUCACCAUCUGUGGGAAUUACAAUUAUUUUCUGCCAUAUUAUAAUACUUUCUUCAUCUAUAGUUGGUAUGGCGGCAAAUUCGUUAAUAUUAUACUGCAUUAAAAGACAAAAGUCAUUACGGACUUAUGCCAACGCAACGUUAAUAAACAGCUGCAUAAUAAAUAUUUUGGGAUGUAGUUUUUUAUUACCAUUUCGAUUCAUAGUUUUGGGAAUGUUUAUCGAUGAACCUUUUAUUCUUAGUGGAUUUUGUAAAACUGUUACGUUCUUUCGAUCAUUUUGCGAAAUAUUUCAACUUUCGAUGUUAGUAACUAUAAGCUAUGAGCGAUAUCAUGCAGUUUUACUACCGUUUGAAAAGGAUAGUAGAGUUAAGCGCGUUGUGACCUUGAUAGUUUUAUCUUGGUGCUUAGCUAUAAUUUACAGCACAAUGUCAACAAUAUUUCUAUUAGACAGUUCUAUAUACAUUAUUUGUAAGCAAGGUCAAACUCAUUUGGACAGAAAUUGGGUAAAUUACGACUGUUUUGUUAGUUUUCCUUUUGGAUGUUUGUGUUUUAUAUCAGUACUGAUAUUUUACACUUGUAUCAUCAAAGCUCUAUUAAAACAAUCCAAGAAAAUGCUGAAUCAUUCUAAAGUAAGGAAUAGAAAAGUUCACCCUGCUGAAAGUAAAAUUAAUAUAACUUCUUCUGUAGAUGCAUUAAAGACUCCUGCACACACAAAUGUGCCGAAAACGGAUGUUAUUAAAACUAAAAAUGCUACAAACACGCAAUCAGUUCCGGACAUUCCUAUCAACGAACUAGAUGCUGGUAAUGGAAAUAUAAAGGACAUGAAAGAUGCGUUACACAUAAAUGAUAAUGAGAGUAUGCUAAAACCAAGUAUUUUAUUCAACAAAUUGCCUAGUAUAAAUGAAACGAGUAGUAGUAGUCAAAACUUACGAUCAAAAUCUUUAGUAGUUAUCUCUUCGUCCUCCGAAAUGCAAAAUGUAAAUCUAUCUCCAGCAAGAGAAAAAGUGGACAAACCAAAUGAUGGAAAUAUCAAUAUUUCAAAUUGUUCAGAUAAACUGAAUGAGGAAAAAACAUACGAAAUUUAUGAUGCUGAUGGAACCAUCAGGGUAGAGAAAAACAGCAACGAUCAAGUUGUUGGAGACGUGUGUGUUUUCAAUCCAAAAAAUAGAGAAAUUGGAAAAAGAAAACUGGAAGCGAAAAUAGCGAAACACUUUGCCAUUGGGAUAGGUUUGUUUGGAUUAGUAUGGAUACCUUUUCCGGUAUUUAUUCUUAUACAUUUUAAUACAAUUAUGUUAUCGGAGGCAGAAUGUCAUGUUUUAGCUGUUCUUUCGACAUUUUCAUUAACAGUGUAUACAGUAAACCCGUUGAUUACUAUUUUUAUGAACGGAAAAGUAAAUGCUGAAUGUAAAAAGAUCUCGAAACAUUUUUGUAAGAAAUAA